UAAACGUCAAACGUGAAAUCUGAGGAUUGUGUUAUGUUACAAUUAAGAACUACGAAAUUGUUUUGAUAUGAAUUAUGCAAUUAUACUACGAUUAUAGUGCGUGAUUUCGAUCGCAUCGUUUAUCAAAUAAUGUCAAACGAAACAGAUCUGUUUAUAUCAGUUCCUCGGUCAUGUUUAAACGAAUUUUAUAGCAAAUAUCUUAAUUUAGUGGAAACUUUUUACUAUGUUACGCUUUCUGAAAAGAAAUCAGGAAGUACAAAAGUGAAACCAGAAUUUGUGAGUUUUAAAAUUAUAUUUAAUUUAAGCCCUGUGGAUGGUAACUUCAAUCCGAGAGAACUUGUCGACAGAAUACAGAAAUAUGUGGAGUCAUCACUGGGAUGGGCAGGAGAGCGCGGAGAGGACUCGAGCUACGACUCUGAGUGCGACGAUGACGGAGGACAUCGCACCGCCUCACGCACACCCUCCGACACUCUCGCUGCGGAGUUCGCGGAGUAUGUCACCCACGCACCACCUCCGCCAAAUCAGGCUAAGAUCGAGUUUGCGGUAAAGCUGGGUUACUCUGAAAGACUUGCUCGGACGGCGUUACAGCGACUAGGACCAGACCCGCCUCGCAAUGAGUUGCUGGCUGAACUUAUCAAGCUCGCCUCGAAAAGGCCGCCUCGAAUGCCUUCUCCACCACCUCCAACAGAACCCGACCCGCCAUUUGAACGCGCACCUUUAAGACCGAUAGUAAUAGACGGAAGCAACGUUGCCAUGAGCCAUGGUAACAAAGAAGUGUUCUCGUGUCGAGGAAUAGAAAUAUGUGUCGACUGGUUUCGAACACGAGGUCACAAAGAAAUCACAGUAUUUGUGCCAAAAUGGAGAAAGGAAGCGUCACGGCCAGACAACCCCGUGGCCGACCGUGACGCCCUCGAGCGCCUCGAACGCAGUCGUGUUCUCGUCUACACGCCCAGUCGUCUCCUCGGAGGCAAACGGCUUAUCUGCUACGAUGAUAGAUACAUUCUCAAACUUGCAGCCGAAACGGAUGGAAUAGUCGUCUCCAACGACAACUAUAGAGACCUUGCCGCCGAGAGUCCGGAGUUUCGAAAAGUUAUCGAGGAGAGACUCUUGAUGUUCUCCUUCGUUAAUGAUAGGUUUAUGCCGCCCGACGAUCCCCUCGGUCGGUCGGGCCCCACGCUGGACGCUUUCCUGCGUGCGCCACCGUCCCGUGCCGAUCCGCCUCCCGCAUGUCCAUACGGCCGGAAAUGUACUUACGGAAAUAAAUGUAAAUUUCAUCACCCAGAGCGUGCGGGCCGACCACACAAAUCGGUAGCUGAAAAACUGUCGGAACGAGCCGCUCGAAAGGCACGCGAUCUGCAUACGCUAAGUCUUCCUCCCAGCGGUCGACCCACAGACACGAAGAAACCGUUGGCGCGGGCGCAUUCCGCCACGCCCAGACUCGCAGACUCCUCGCUGGUGACGCACUUCGACAGGGCGCAAGUGCCCGGUCCCUCGCAGCCUCCGCCCGAUCCUAACCCGCACCGCAAGCUCGCCCGACAGCUGACACUCAACCCGGCGUGUGACCCGCGACUUCACGCGUCGGCCGCUCGGGUGUCGUCGGCUCCCGUCGGCGCGGCGGCCGCCUUGGCCCCGCAGAUGGCGGCGGUGUCGCUGUCUCCUUGCGCGUCGGAGGGCGCCCUGCAACAUUGGGAAGCGAGACGAAGAAUGCACUUCCAUUUGGCGGGAAUAUUCCCCGAGGCACAAGUAGCCGAGGCGAUGUCCACUUACCCGGAGGAGACGGAUCCGCAGAAGAUGUGUGCGAUAAUUUUAGACAGAUACAGGCCGAGCGAGGCGACGUUACCGCGACCGAACCAUUGACACUUCUUACACAACAUUUGAUGUUCAAUUUUGAGAAAUGUUGCUUGUAAAUAAUUUGCAUCCUAUUUUCAUCUUUAUCUGAUCUAAGAAUUAGACCCGAUUUCUUUUUGAAAUUGAGAUUUUAAAUUCGCAAGGUCGAGGAGGCGAGGUAAACGAGGAACUCAAUCGGUAUCGUUGUCGGCUAUUUCUUAUAAGAAUACUAUUUGGACAGACACACUAUUAACAUAUAUUAGCAGGAAAUCUAAAUCGUAACCUCAUAAUUCAUUCUAAUAUUGUGAAAUAAAUAAUGUAAAUUCAAAACAUAAUCAACGCUUUAGAUUGUAAUAAUGCAAUCUUUAUAUUCUUUGAAAUGAAUAUAAAUGAGGUAAACCUCAUUGAUAUAAGGUGAAAAAUAUACGACCUUUUUUGCAAAAGCUUUGCUUUGUUCUAUUAAAAAAAAUAACGUCGGCUAAGGCAUUUAACUUUGUACAUUCAGUUUAUUGGACAAGCGCUUCUGCGAAGUGUACGUCCUUAUAUAAUUAUUGACUAAGCUUAGAUUUAAGGAUGUACAAAUAAACGGUUCGAAAAAUAUUUA